AUGAGCGACGUGGAGGUUGCCGCGUUGGUGGUGGACAAUGGCAGCGGCAUGUGCAAGGCUGGAUUUGCGGGUGACGACGCUCCGCGCGCGGUCUUUCCCUCCCUGGUGGGCCGUCCCAAGAUGCCGGGAAUCAUGGUGGGCAUGGACCAGAGGGACCGCUUUCUUUUGCAUGACACCUACAUCGGUGAUGAGGCGCAGUCCAAGCGUGGUAUCCUCACCCUGAAGUACCCAAUCGAGCACGGCGUCGUCACGAACUGGGAUGACAUGGAAAAGAUUUGGCACCAUACCUUCUACAACGAGCUGCGGGUCUCUCCCGAGGAGCACCCCGUGCUGCUGACGGAAGCUCCCCUGAACCCCAAGGCCAACCGCGAGCGCAUGACGCAGGUCAUGUUCGAGACUUUCAACGUCCCGGCCAUGUAUGUCGCCAUCCAGGCGGUCUUGUCCCUUUACGCCUCCGGCCGAACCACGGGCAUCGUCAUGGACAGCGGCGAUGGUGUCUCGCACACGGUGCCCAUCUACGAGGGCUACUCGCUGCCUCACGCCAUCCUCCGACUGGAUCUCGCAGGGCGCGAUCUCACAGAGUACAUGAUGACAAUCCUGACGGAGCGCGGAUACUGCUUCAGCACCACGGCUGAGCGUGAGAUCGUUCGCGAUGUCAAGGAGAAGCUGUGUUACAUUGCACUGGACUUCGACAGCGAGAUGAAAGCAGCAAGCGAGAGCAGUGACAAAGAGAAGACCUACGAGCUCCCGGAUGGGCGCAUCAUUGCGCUGGGCUCCGAGCGGUUCCGCUGCCCAGAGGCCCUCUUCCAGCCCAGCCUGCUGGGCAAGGAGGCCAGCGGUAUCCACGACACCACCUUCCAGUCCAUCAUGAGGUGCGACGUGGACAUCCGCAAGGACCUGUACACCAACGUGGUGCUGUCUGGUGGCAGCACCAUGUUCCAGGGCAUCGGCGAGCGUAUGACCAAGGAGCUGACUGCACUGGCCCCUUCCACCCUCAAAAUUAGGGUGGUGGUUCCUCCGGAGCGCAAGUACAGCGUGUGGAUCGGAGGCUCCAUCUUGUCCUCCCUGAGCACCUUCCAGCAGAUGUGGAUCUCCAAGAGCGAGUACGAUGAGAGUGGCCCGACCAUCGUGCACCGCAAGUGCUUCUGA